AUGUCUGCUAACCUACCUGCCAUAGACAACCCGUUUGCGAAGCGCGAAGAGUUUACCCAAAAGAAUCUCAUUGCCUACAAGAUCCUCACGAUUGUCAGCUGGCUCCUGCUGGUUAUAUUUGGAGCAAUCUACACCUUCCAGCGGCCGACCGACUGCAAACAUCACAGACACUGUCACACAAUAUGGGGGCAAAACAAUCAUAAUCCGACAGGGUUCAGCGUCAAUUCGGUGCUCACAAGCAUCUAUUGGGUCGUUGUACUCAUCUUUCAGGCACAUUAUGUUCGAUUUCUUUGGAGCGCAGAAAAGGAGAACGUGACUAAUGCGGCCAACGUGGGCUCGCAUUUCAUCCUGCACAAUCUCUUGACCUUUGGCUUCAUCAUGCUUUGGGUCCGGUCGUACUUCUGGCAGGGAGAGCUCCUUCUCAUUGUGAACCUGUUCAAUUUGACAGCUCUAUACUUUGCCCAUCCCACCACUCCUUUGAUCAUCCACAUGCCCAUUGUCUCUGCCCCAUUGGCGUGGAACUAUGUCGCAAUUUUGUGGGACGGGGCUGCGAUGGUUCCCGGUGCUACCAAGUUGCCUGCUCGGAUUGUCGCCAACAUUUUCAUCUGGGGCAUUCUUAUGCUGGGUGGCUUCUUCCUCGCCGUGUUCAAGGACUAUACUAUGGGGUUUGAAUUGGCUAUCCUCGCCUUAUCACUGGCACUGGGCCAACUUGCAACCAAAGUUGUGGCCUUCCAAUGGAUCUUUGCGUUUAUCAUUGCUGGCAUCCUCUUCGUUCUCUCUCUGGCAGUGGGGGCGCCAAAGCUCUUUGGAGCAGAUCGUAGCCAUCGACACGAGGGCGCGAUUGUCAGCGAGGACCGAGAACGGGCCCCUCUUCUGGAUGAUCACUAA